AUGUUGGGACAAUAUCAUAGUGAUCUAGGUUUAGACCGCUGGAGAGUUGCAAAGAAAUUAAUGAGGUACCUUCAAGGAAUCAAAGACUACAUACUUAUGUAUAGGCGGACCGACAAUCUGCAAGUAAUUGGUUAUUCAAAUUCUGACUUUACUGGCUGUAUUGAUUCACGCAAAUCAACAUCAAAAUACAUUUUUUUGAUGGCCGAUGAAGCUGUAUCAUGGAGGAAUACCAAGCAGACUUUGAUUGCCAUUUCCACUAUGGAAGCUGAGUUCGUCCCCUAUUUUGAGGCUACUUUAUAUGGUGUAUGGCUUAAGAGUUUCAUCUCUGGACUUAGAGUUAUGGACUCUAUCACUAAGCCAUUGAGAAUAUAUUGCAACAAUUCAGCUUCUAUUUUUAUGGCCAAGAACAACAAUAGUGAGAGUCGAAGUAAACACAUCAACAUUAAGUAUUUAGCCAUAAGGGAACGUGUUAAAGAAAAGAAAGUGGUCAUUGAGCACGUAGGCACUGAGUUAAUGAUAGCUGAUCCUUUGAUUAAGGGCAUGUCACCGUUGAAAUUCAAGGAUCAUGUAGUGAAUAUGGGACUUGGUUCCAUUAUGUAA